UUUCAUCAUUUAAAAGCACCACGGAGGGAGAGGGAGUGGGAGAGAGAGGUGCAGUUGAGAGAGAGCCGUGAGGCAGAAGUGAUGGAUUCAGCCCACAGGAAAGUGACAGUCUUCUCCUAACGGGCCACAGGCAGUACACAACCUGCCCUGGACUCUCACCAUUUAUCAGGAAACUACUUCCACCAGCCAACUAAAGUUGUCUCUUGAAAGUGCUCCAACUUUUUCAAGUGGAUUUUGGAACAAUCUGCUCAAUGUUUGCUGAAGGGUUCCUGGCAAGUUGAGCUAAUGCCGGUGUUUUAAUAAUACACUUUACAACACCACUUCCCUCCACGGCUGGAAUGGACAGAGGUGACGGAGAGUGAGUAACUACACAGGCAGAGUGCAAAAAGGAAGAGAGGAGGACGCAGGUUGCUUUCACACUAGGGAUGACUUUCUACCAGGAGAAACUUCAAUCAACGCUGCCAGGAGGGCAAGGCAACUGAGGGAGCCCCAUCCAUACUCUACAGUUAUCUCGUUUUGGUGAGUUGGACCCAUGGAGCCCCCUUCAAUGGUCCUGCUGGGGCUCCUUCUUGUUUAUGGACUAGCUUGUGGUGCCCAGGAAAUUCAGGGAAGUCCGUCGGACACUAAGAAUGGCGGGGGGAAAACCCAAGAGUUUCAGAGUAGUGAGGAUGAUUUAGAGAGAGAGUUUCUGUAUGCUGGAAGGAGCAAGCGGGCUCCAGUUGAGCUGCCACAGGACAAGUGCUCCUACACUUUCAUUGUACCUCAGCAAAAAGUGACCGGCGCCAUCUGUGUCAACUCCAAGGAGCCGGAGGCCAUGUUGGAGAAUCGAGUCAACAAACAGGAGUUAGAGCUGCUGAAUGUGGAGCUACAGAAACAGAAGAGGCAAAUCGAGACCCUGCAGCAAUUGGUUGAGGUGGACGGAGGUAUUGUCAAUGAGGUAAAGCUUCUUAGGAAGGAGAGCCGAAACAUGAACUCCAGAGUCACUCAGCUGUACAUGCAGCUGCUCCAUGAGAUCAUCAGGAAGAGAGACAAUGCUCUUGAGUUGGCUCAGAUGGAGAACAAGAUCCUGAACCAAACCUCUGAGAUGACACAGCUCACCAGUCGAUACAAAGAUCUUGAGCACAAGUACCAACAUUUGGCUUCUUUGGCCAACAACCAAUCAACUCUUAUUGCCCUGUUGGAGGAGCAGUGCCAGAGUCGCCCUCCCCCUCGUCAUGUGCCCGUCCCCCAGCCCCAGCCACGGCCUCAGCCACCUCAACCAUCACCACCUCUAAACAAGCCUUAUCAGCCACCUGUUGCACCAAGAAGCACCAAACCAAUCAGCAACGAGAUCCAGAGUGACCAAAAAUCUCAACCGGUUCUUCCAACAAUGCCCACUGGCACACACAGCCCGUCCACCACUGACAAGCCCUCUGGGCCCUUUAAGGAUUGUCUGCAGGCUCUAGAAGACGGCCACACAACCAGCGGCAUGUAUCUGGUGAAGCCAGAGAAUGCUAACCGACUUAUGCAGGUGUGGUGUGACCAGAGACAUGAUCCAGGUGGCUGGACUGUGAUCCAGCGGAGGGUGGACGGCUCUGUCAACUUUUUCAGGAACUGGGAGACAUACAAGCAAGGCUUUGGCAAUAUUGAUGGCGAGUACUGGCUGGGUCUGGAGAACAUAUACUGGCUGACUAACCAGGCAAACUACAAACUGCUGGUCACGCUGGAGGACUGGUCUGGCAGGAAGACUUUUGCAGAGUACGCCAGCUUCAGAGUGGAGCCUGAGGCCGACUUCUACAAGCUCAGGGUGGGCCGUUAUCAUGGCAACGCUGGAGAUUCCCUCACUUGGCAUAAUGGCAAACAGUUCACAACACUGGACAGAGACCAUGAUGCAUACACAGGCAAUUGCGCCCACUACCAAAAGGGAGGCUGGUGGUACAACUCUUGUGCCCAUUCAAACUUGAAUGGAGUUUGGUACAGAGGGGGACACUACCGGAGCCGCUACCAAGAUGGAGUCUAUUGGGCAGAGUUCAGAGGAGGAGCCUAUUCACUAAAGAAAGUGGUCAUGAUGAUCCGUCCAAACGCAAACACCUUCCACUAAGCAUUCAAUGAGCACACAAACUGUACUGUAUCUUUCAUUAAACUAAAACGUUAAAUCUUUUUUGUGUAAAGGAGUGGCAGCACACCACACUACAUAGAAACAGACGAUGUUGAAAGUGCAAUAUCAAAGCAUCAGGAUGAUGUCAAAUUUGUGCACACGUGGUGCAAUGUUAUUCCGUCUGUAGUAUUCCCUUUUAAGACGCAAUUGUCGCUCAGGAGAUGUCUUUGAUUUUAGAAAAACUGUGACAAAACAUCACAAACCUAAAUUGACAUGGAAACAUUACAAUAAUUCAGUUUUAAAGCCUUGAGAUAGGAACCCUACGUUAUAUGUUAAAUAUGUAUACUAAAAGUUGUUUUUUGCAGUAAAGAGCAAAUGAGGUUGACACAGGAAAUGUAUCCAGUGACUUUAAUUUCCUUCUAAAUGCAUUUUUCAAAAGUGUUAUUUAUAGGAACAGUAGCAUUUAUUGACUUGUUAUACAAAGUCGAUAUUCUGGCCAGUAUUGUAAAUUACAAAUACAUGUACUAUAAAAACAGUACCAUUUACUUUUCUUACAUACAAAUAAAAACUGUUGAUAGCAAUACGUGACUCUAUCAAUGGUCUGCUUAUGCAUCUAAUAGAAUGAAUAACAAAACUCCACCAGAAUUUGUGGAGGUACACUCACUUCAAAGUUCUCUUGAAUUGCUUGAACAGCACCACCAAAUUGCUUGUAUGAAUCAAGCACUGUAUUUACUGUAUACAUUUAGUGGUAUGUUGAUGUCAAUAGAUGCAGCACAUUGCGUUUGUACAUAAGAUAUUUGUAAUAUAAUGUAAUAAAACCUGUUAUGUUAUUAUUACGUUGCAAUAAAAUAUGUACAGCUUG